CUUCUUGGCUCUGAAGGAACCCGUCAUCAUUGCUGGUCCAGAUGGAUCACAGCAGGAUGAUCCUCCAACAACAAACAAGCUUACAGUCUUGAUAGAGGACGAUCCGGCGGCCUCUGCAAUCGACGAGAGUGUCGGACGCAUCCUGAAAGGCCGGGACGUGGUAUGUUUCGAUCUCUUUGCGUUACCCAGGGCACAACUCACCGCAUUAUACUGAAAGCCUGAAGCUCGUGUGAAAUGGUCCGUGCCUCAAAUGGAGAGACCACCACUUCGCGUCGAAAAAGCAAGGGUUGCGGCGGAUGUCACAAUGGAGAAAACUCCUGCUGAACUCGCCGCGGACGAAGUUCCGCCAUCCACACCGAAAGCUGUUGCGAAGAGUUUUGUUUCUGAAAGCUCCUUCACUUUCAGUUCAUCAAGUUCUGCUCAAACGCCGGAACCUAUGAAAGCGAAGGUUGUGCUGGAUUGGGAGGUUGAAAUUGAGCCAGUUGCGAAGAGCGGCCGGGUGCUCGUUUCCGCAAAGAAGCCAGUACAGUCAGCGGAGCCCGUGACACCUGCAAAACUGGUUUCGGCUAUGCGAACCGUCUCCGCGAAGAAGAUAGUACAGUUACCGGACGAUGCGGCGCCUCGAGAUUCAGCUGUGGCCAUCCGAAAAAAUACGAAGGAAGGACGCAUCAAACCGAUCUCGCUGAAGUCAGACUCCUCUUCUUCCGGUUCCGACAUUUGCGAGCACGAUGAGACGCUGGUUGCCCCGAACAGCGAUAAAGCGGUCUCGGCGAAAAAGGGAGGACUGCAAUGGGCUCUGGAGCAAUAUCGAGCCAAGAAGAAAUUGUCCGAUCAGAGUCAUGGCACUUCCGCUAUCAAGACGCCUUCGAAGCCGAUGGUCAUGACCGAUUUGUUUGAUCGCCGAGAAAGGAGUACAGGGCGUCGCGACCCUGAUGAGACUAUGUUGAUUUCAGCGAGUCCAUUCAUAACUCCGGGUGCCAAGGAGCGCAAGAGCCUUUUGGAACGCGUUCGAACGGAGCGCCAAACUGUGGAUGAGACAUUUACGGAGAAGGGAAAGUCAUCCGCAAAGCGCGGUCGGAAAGGUCUGUCACAAGGGUCUCGUUGCUCUCGCCUAACAACAGCAAUUCAUUUCCUACCCAGCCCUCGAGGUCGACGAUGAAUGUGGAUCGGAACUGGAAAUGCCAGGUGCUUCAAACACGGAGACCGAUGAGGAGUACAACCCUGGGAAGCGUAGAAAGCUCGCUAUCAAGAAUACAAAGGCGCUCUCUUCAGCUGUGAAGCAACCUCGCC